AUGUUUCGCCUUCUUAGCUCAAAGUCACGAGUGGCUCCAAUGAAAAUACAGACGAUACCGAGAUUAGAGCUCUGUGGAGCGCUUCUAGUCACUCAGUUGUUCAAGGUUCUGCGGGAAGCGCUAAACAUUUUAGCAGAUGCAUAUUUUUGGUCCGAUUCCACAUGCGUACUGUGCUGGCUCGGAUCGAUUCCGUCGACGUGGAACGUGUUUGUAGCGAACAGAGUAUCAAAAAUUCAAGCCAUUACUGAAGGGUUCCGAUGGCAACAUGUUCCUGGAAUCCAAAACCCAGCUGAUCUUGUAUCAAGAGGAAUUCUACCGCAGGACAUCGUUGACAAUCGAUUCUGGUGGACGGGACCGAAUUGGCUGGAGUUAGGUCCAGAACACUGGCCGAAUGCUGUGAAUGUUCAACCCGACGAGAAGGUAAAUACGGAGCGUCGUCGUGUGGUGAUAGCAAAUACGUCUUCUGCUGUACAGGAAUUCAACGAACUUUAUUUCUAUAAAUUCUCGUCAUACUCGGACCUGGUCCGUCGUACCGCCAUUUGGUUGCGACUGAUGAAGCUGCUUCGCACUCGUCGUGAAGAUCGUACUUCUGGUUACCUCACCACUGCUGAACUAAAGGAGGCAGAAAACAUCUUAAUUCGCCGAGUUCAAAAGGAAGCUUUUGCUGAUGAGUUGAAAGCGUUAUCUGCAAAGAAAAUGAUACCUUCAAAAUCACCAUUGCGUUGGUUCAACCCAUAUUUAGACGAGGAUGAAAUACUUCGUGUCGGGGGACGGUUGAAACAAUCGGACGAGUCUGAAGACACCAAACACCCUGCAGUUCUACAGGCACGCCAUCAGUUCACCCGUUUAGUUCUGCUCCACUACCAUUUGCGUUUGUUGCACGCUGGACCACAGCUUUUGCUGAGCACUGUUCGUCUUCGUUUUUGGCCUUCAGGGGGAAGGAAUGUGGCGAGACACAUCGUUCAUCAGUGCCAAAGAUGUUUCCGGGCUAAACCACAUCCUGUCCAGCAAUUCAUGGGAGAUUUACCCGCAGCCCGGCUCAAGGUAGCCCGUCCUUUUUCAAAAACUGACAUAGAUUACUUUGGACCUGUAUACGUACGGCCAGCACCAAGGCGAGUAGCAGUAAAGGCAUACGUUUGCCUUUUCGUGUGUCUAUGCACCAAGGCAGUUCACCUCGAGCUCGUUACUGACCUAUCAACGGAAUGGUUUAUUCAGGCACUAAUACGAUUCGUAUCAUGCAGAGGUCCUAUUACUGAGCUCUGGUCCGACAAUGGGACCAAUUUUGUUGGGGCUCGCAACAAAUUGCGAGAGCUCUUUAUUUUGCUGCGAGCCAAGAAUCACCAAGAGAAAAUUACCACGGAAUGCGUCAACCAGGAUAUUCGUUGGAUUUUCAGCCCUCCAAGUGGGCCACAUUUUGGAGGGUUAUGGGAGGCGGCUGUACGCUCUGCAAAACACCAUAUUCUGCGUGUUAUAGGGAACGAACCCGUGUCCAUUGAGAAUAUGAAUACGCUGCUCGUUCAGGUUCAGAAGACCGGUGGAGGAUUUAUCCGAUGGACCUGUAAAACGUCUAAACCAUUAUCAACAGCUUCAACAAAAACAACAAACAACAACUAUUUUGGAACCGGUGGAGGCGGGAAUACCUGUGUCAACUGCAAGGCCGUACUAAACGCUGGCGUUCACCGGUACAAAUUGAAGUUGGUAAAUUGA